GCCAGGGCAGUGCCAGAGGAAUGCCAGCCCAUGCCAGGGCAGUACCACAGGAGUGCCAGCCCGUGCCAAGGCAGUGGGGGCGGUUUCCAAGCCCUGAGGAGUUGUUUGGGUGAGGAAGGGAGCCUGGAUUUGCAUUGGGGAUGUCUCAGUGCCAGCAGGAGUGGCUGCUGCACACCCAGCCCCAGCCCUGAGCCUGGUGGCACUGGGGACAGAUCCCAGUCCAGCCCUGAGCCUGGUGGCACUGGGAUCUCAGCUCUGAGCCUGGUGGCACUCUGGGGACAGAUCCCAGUCCAGCCCUGAGCCUGGUGGCACUGGGAUCUCAGCUCUGAGCCUGGUGGCACUGGACCCCAGCCCUGCAGCACUGUCCCCGUGCCCCUGGUGACUCGCUGGUUACCAUCUCGGCUCCAUCUCCUCCUCCUCCUCCUCCUCCCGCUCUAAUCCCCGCAGACGGCGCCGAGCGGAGCAGCCGGCAGGAGCAGCUCUAUCUGUGCUGACCUGGCGUUCCUGCUUCCACUCUGGAGGAGAUGGGGCGCAAGGAGGAGGAAGGCAGCGGCUCCUGGAAGAAGCAGACGAGCAACAUCCGCAAAACCUUCAUCUUCAUGGAGGCCCUGGGCUCAGGCGCCUUCUCAGAAGUUUUCCUGGUGAAGCAGAAGAGCACUGGCCAGCUCUUUGCUCUGAAAUGCAUCAAGAAGUCUCCUCUCAACAGGGACAGCAGCCUGGAGAAUGAAAUAGCAGUGCUGAAAAAGAUAAAGCAUGAAAACAUUGUGACUCUGGAGGAUAUUUAUGAGAGCACAACCCACUUCUACCUGGUCAUGCAGCUGGUGUCUGGGGGAGAGCUGUUUGACAGGAUCCUGGAGCGGGGAGUGUACACCGAGAAGGACGCGAGCCUGGUGAUCCACCAGGUGCUGACAGCCGUGAAAUACCUGCAUGAGAAUGGCAUCGUGCACCGGGACCUCAAGCCUGAGAACCUGCUGUACCUCACUCCUGAGGAGAACUCCAAAAUCAUGAUCACGGAUUUUGGCCUGUCAAAGAUGGAGCAGAACGGGAUCAUGUCCACGGCCUGUGGGACCCCAGGAUACGUGGCCCCCGAGGUGCUGGCCCAGAAGCCCUACAGCAAAGCCGUGGAUUGCUGGUCCAUCGGGGUCAUCACCUACAUCCUGCUCUGUGGGUACCCUCCUUUCUACGAGGAAACCGAAUCCAAACUCUUUGAGAAGAUCAAGGAAGGCUACUACGAGUUCGAGUCUCCGUUUUGGGAUGAUAUCUCUGAGUCAGCCAAGGACUUCAUCCGGCACCUGCUGGAGAAGAACCCGAGCGCGAGGUUCACCUGUGAGGAGGCCCUGAGGCACCCGUGGAUUAAUGGAAAUACAGCCCUUCACCGUGACAUCUACCCAUCUGUCAGCGCUCAGAUCCAGAAAAACUUUGCAAAGAGCAAAUGGAGGCAAGCCUUCAACGCCGCGGCCGUCGUGCACCACAUGAAGAAGCUGCACAUGAGCGAUGACAAGGACACAGCUCAGGGCAACUCACAGGGGCACCCAAACCCACCCAGACCCCCGCAGGAGACAGCAAUGGGAGAGGAAAAGCUGCCAAGCCCCCCAGAGGAGGGACCCCUGCCCAGGGACAGCAGCCUGGCCAUGCUGGACACUCCCAGCCCCCCAGAGGAGGGACCCCUGCCCAGGGACAGCAGCCUGGCCAUGCUGGACACCCCCAGGCCCCCAGAGGGACCCCUGCCAUACACCCCCAGCCUGGUCCUGUCACAUACCCCCAGCCCCCCAGAGGAGGAGGGACCCCUGCCCAGGGACACCCCCAGCCCCCCAGAGGAGGAACCCCUGCCCAGGCACAGCAGCCUGGCCCUGCCAGACAGCCACAGCCCCCCGGGCAGGAGCUCCUGUGGCUGCAGCCCCUCCUGUGUGGGCCAUGAGAAGAGCAAGGCGUCCUCCUGCUCCGAGACAGUGCUGCUCAAAAAGUCGUCAAGAUCCCACAGCCAUUUCAAGUCAGAGGUUCUCGUUCCAGUGAAAACCAGUAAACACUCAUCUCACUGUGGCACUGGGCAAACUGGAGUUUGUUUGAUCAUGUGAUGGAGGCAGCCAUGUGCUCAGAGGACCAGAAGGGCUCUUUGACUCUUUUCUGCACUUGAGAGCCGGCAGUGUGAGCAGAAAGGAGGCUGUGCCCUGCCAGCAGCUCUGGAGGGCAGUGACCAGCUGGGCCAGGGGCACAGCAGUGCCAGGAUCCAUCCCUGCAGGCAGCUCGGGCUGCUUCUGGAUCAUUGCAGCCAGGAGGAGGCGAGGGAAGGUCUGAGGCUCCUGCUCCCACCCCCAGUGUCCAUUCUCAUAGGGCAUCCUCAGCUUGUGUUCCCUGCACCCUGUGUAGCUGUCAAUGCACCGAGGCCCUGCACAGCAUCAGCCCCACAAACCAAAGCCAUGCAGAGCUUCACUCCCGGGGCAGCUCCCUUGUUUCUACAGCCCUCACCCUCUCCUCUCCUGGCCUUGGUUAGUCCAGGCUCUGGCACUCUGGAGUUCAGCUGCCCAGGCCUCAGUGCAGCCCCAACAGGAGACAGAACCUGCUAGAAGCCUCCCUGUGUGUGACAAUGCCACAGCAAAGUCUGAGCUCCCCCUCCAAGGCUGUCAUUACACAAUGAACACUUGCUUAAUAAAGCU